CAGUCAAUUCAAGCAGAAGUGCAGCCCGGUGUGAGAAGCUUCCAGCGUGCAUGUGUGUGUGGGCUGCCGUUCCUCGCUGUGUCGGUUCAGGAACCAGUGUGUUUAAAGCGGACCGGAACCUAAACCGAGCUUGGCCGGGCAGUACAGAGGGCGGGUUGAGCUCAGUGCUAUGGGAUCUUGUUCGGCCUGUAACGGGAAGCAGAAGGUUUAGGCGCCAGAAUCGUAGUGCUGAGUCGGAUACAAACACACACUGAGCUGAAUUCAACAGCUGGAUGGAUUUGGAUUCUGGACGAAACGAACCGGGAGCGAUGGGAGAGUCCAUACAGCCGGCCACACCGAGCCGCCAUGAGAAAAGUCUCGGACUAUUAACCGCCAAGUUUGUAACUCUGCUGCAAGAAGCCAAGGAUGGAGUUCUGGACCUUAAAGCUGCUGCUGAUACUCUGGCUGUCAGACAAAAGCGGCGGAUAUACGACAUCACCAACGUUCUGGAAGGAAUUGGUCUGAUUGAAAAGAAAUCGAAGAACAGCAUUCAGUGGAAGGGUGUAGGUCCUGGCUGCAACACAAGAGAGAUCGCAGAUAAGCUGAUUGACCUGAAGCUGGAACUGGAGGAUCUGGACAAAAGAGAACAUGAACUUGACCAGCAGAGGGUCUGGGUUCAACAAAGCAUCAAAAAUGUUACUGAUGACUCACAGAACAGUCCUCUGGCUUAUGUAACACAUCAGGACCUUUGCAACUGCUUUAAAGGUGACACUCUGCUAGCAAUUCGGGCUCCUUCUGGCACACAGUUAGAAGUACCGAUACCAGAGUCUGUAGUUAAUGGACAGAAGAAGUACCAGAUCCACCUGAAGAGUUCCUCGGGUCCCAUUGAUGUUCUCUUGGUGAACAAGGACCCGUCCAGCUCCUCUCCGGUUGUCCUACCCGUUCCUCCACCAGAAGACAUGCUGCAGAGCCUCCCAGCCUCGGCCUCCAAUGCUUCUACCACAAUUGCAACCACCAAACCUGCAGGAAACAGUUGUACAAGUUCAGCACUGAAUACACAGACUCCUGCCAACACAACUGCCGCUGCGCCUGUUACAGGUUUGGUAGAAGCGCCCAGCACUGCUCUAUCAAACAUACCAGCCAGUCAGACUUCACCAGAGGAAAGCCAACAGCUACAAUCAUCUGCCUCAUUGGACAGCAGCUCCUCCCUUCCUGAAUCCUCAACAGUCUUUGAACCAAUUAAAACAGACCCAUCAGAGUUACUGGACCUCCCCAAAGAACUGUCAGAAAUGUUUGACCCUACUAAAGAAAUCAUGAGUGCAGAUCUACUGGAAGAGCUGAUGUCAUCAGAAGUUUUCUCUCCGCUCCUCCGCCUCUCUCCUCCUCCGGGCGACCAUGACUACAUCUAUAACCUGGAUGAAACCGAGGGCCUGUGUGACCUUUUCGAUGUCCCUAUUGCCAACCUCUGACCUUCAAGCACAUGCUAAGAGUAGUGUUCCUGUAUUUAAAAAGAACCAAACAAACCACCUUUUUGAACCGUUUGUAGAGGUAAAAAGUGUGGUUCUGUUUCAGAUCCAUGUGAAUAAGCUGAUGUACGUGUGUGUAUAUAGAGUUGUAUGUCUUAUUUUUGUUCCUCUUUUGUAUACCCCUUACCCAAAGCUGCAAUCUACUGAAUAACGGCACACGUUUUCCUCACCCGCUGCCUGAUACAUGCUUUACUCAUUCCUGUUAGAUUUUAUUAACUUUUGGCUUCUUAUUGAAUUUUAAAUGACUGUACACAGAUCUGACUUCCAUACCCCAAAUGAGUUCAUACUCAUCUUAAGAACAUUGUACUUUGCUACAUUGCUACUUUGUUUUUAAAUACAUAUAUCUCUAGAGCUUGAAGAUCAGUCUAAAUAAUUUGAUAAACACCAGAUGUGUUAUUUACAUAAACCAGAUCUAUUUCCUAA